AGGCUGGCGCUGGUCUGCCUUCCGCCUCCCAGCCGGGCGAUCCACCCAGCCCAGUGGAUCCAGUCAGUCCUGCUCCAGGGGCCCUGCGCUGAGAGACAAGAAGUGAUCUCGCUCAACCACCUUGGCUUGGGAGCAAAACCUUUCACAGGAGCUUUUUCCCAGGUUCAGCUCUCACCCAUGGACUAUAGAAAUGUAUCUGAGAACUGCAGGGAGCUCCCUGAGCCCUGCUCUGAGUCCAGCUCCCUGCAACCCGCAGGGUCAGGCAACAAUUCCUGUUCCUCAUCUUUGACUGGGCAGCGGGCUGGGGUGACCCUGGGGAGACCAGCUGCCGCCAAUGCAGCUCGAGAGCGCAGCCGAGUACAGACCCUCCGCCAUGCUUUCCUGGAGCUGCAGCGAACCUUACCCUCUGUGCCGCCUGACACCAAGCUCUCCAAACUGGAUGUGCUGCUCUUGGCCACUACCUACAUCGCUCACCUCACCCGCAGCCUGCAGGAUGAAGAAGAGCUGCCUGGAGAGAGCCUGAGCACGCUGAGAGGAGAUGGCUACCUGCAUCCCGUUAAGAAAUGGCCAAUGCGAUCAAGGUUGUACAUUGGAGCCACAGGACAGUUUUUGAAUCAUCCCAUGCAAACAGAUAAUGCCAACCAAGGAGAAACAUCAGCAAAUUCACAAAUCUAACCUCCAUUUCUCUUUUGAAUACUGUUGUAUUUAUUAUGUCAGAUAUAUUUAAAUUAAAGUGCAUCUUCCCA